AUGUCUGCACCAAAUUUCAAAGGCAUUCCUGAUCUUACUGGAACCUGGGUAUUGAACCGAAAACUGUCAACCGACCCAGAUGAAAUUAUGGUCUUGCAAGCCGUACCUUGGGUUGUCCGAAAGGUCUUGCGACAUGCCCGGCUUUCCUUGCAAAUCUGCCAGACCACCUCCACGUGCAUAGAUGAAAAGUGCGAUGAAAGUUCUGCUCUGGCCGACAACUUGAACUCAGUCACAAGUCUUCGUAUCACACAAACUGUCAAUCCAGGUGGAUUUGACAGCGAAGGAAGCUAUCUGGUCAAUGGAAGCAAGCAAGACCUUUCGUUGCCUAUUUUCGGAGAUAUUCAGAUGCAGCUCAAAUUCAUCGACAGAUCUGAGGUACUGGAAGAGUCCAUCCGCAAAGUCAUCGAGGUAGCUAGCUUGACCAGCAUGGUUAUUCAAGAAUUGGCUCUGAAUUCGUCAAAGGGGUGGGACGCGGAAGUGAUUUGGGGAUUUGAAGAGCUCGAGGGAAAGAGAUAUCUCACUCGAAACAUUAGGUCCACCAAGGAGAACAAGGUGGUUAUUGCGAAGAUGGUUUACGAUGGCCCAAAUUAG